AAGUAGAGCCAAUGAGAAUUCCGCGAAACAACACACGUAUUCGCGGUAGCGAUUUAAACUUCUCGGCUCUCUUUCUCUUUUUAUUUAUUUUUCUUUCUCUGUACUAUGCUCUGAUGUACAUAGUUGGUUCUUCUAUACUGUAUUAGUGAGUUCUUGGUCAGAAGGCCGUUACACAAUGCAAUGACGUAAGACAUAAAAUCAAUGGACUUGCACGCGAAUCAGAUAAUUUUCCACUUGCAGCGAACCGACAUUGUACAUAUUACCUCGUAUGUAUGCACAUAUUAACUAUCAGACAUCCAUCCACAUUCAAAUGUAUAUCUAUAUAUCUAUGUUUUAAUAUUUGUAACACGAUAUGUUGGCAUUAAUAUAUAUAUAUAGUCCCCUUGCCUUCAACCAUAACGACCGUACCAUUUUUUUCUCCCUUCGUCUCUUAUGUACCGACAUAUACAAAAUACAUGAUGACCGUGAUGAUAUAUAUACAUAUAUGUAUGUAUGUAAAUGGGUGUACGCAAUAAAGUCACACUAACAAAAUGUACAUACGUAAAUAAUUAUCGUAGCCUCAUUGAUAAGUGCGUGUAGUGUAAAAUACAAAAGAGCGAUAAUGCGACCGAUUUAAAUUUCCAGAAGCUUCGUGAUCGUGACUCGAUGAGUAAACCUUACUUUAACUUGUUCCAUUCCAUUCCCAUCGAAUCCUGUCCGCGAUCGCGAGUAUAGCAAGUCUGCAACCAGCCAGCCAGCCAGCCAACCCAUGCAAGUAUUAAAAUGCAAAAAGGACUGCUUGGAUUUUUCCGUAUCUUGGAGGUCGUGCAGCGAAAAAGCGCAUUCACCGGCCGGCUGGUCCGGCUCAGGCUGCUCUGGCUCGUGCGCACACGUGCAAAACGACAUCAACAGUACCCAGUACCAGCACCAGCACGAAUACCAAUACAAGUACCAGUACUAGCACACGUUAAUGUAAUGGUGUUCUGUACAGCAGGGCCAGAGGGUCGACACAGACAGAGAACAGUGUGGCCAGGGUGCUGCAAGGAGUGCUGAGCAGUAACAGAAUGAGAAAGAGAGAGAAGAAACUAUAGUCGAACGAGCAAUACAAGUUAAGGGGAGUAAAGUAAGGGGGUAGUUGUACAUAUACUUACACAUGCGCAAUUUUAUGUGAGAGAGUAAAGUCGCGGUUUUACUUGUACUUGUAAUUGUAAAUGUAUGUGUGCUAAGUCUGUGUGCACAUACACAGACAAAAGGCGCUAAGCCAACGUCUGGUGUAGUCGGUGGGGCAAGGCAGUCUGUCGGCUGUGGGCGGCGGGGGAUGUCAGACAGUAUUGCGGGCGCAGGACUGCACGGGUCGACGAGCGAGAGGUGCAGAGGGUGGUGCUGCUGCAGACUUGUGUGUACUGUACAUACCAUAGUAUUGAGCAAAAGUCUGUGUACUUGUAAACGUCGGGAGGAAUAGUGGUGGUAGUGGUGACGGUGUAAUGGUGAUGGCGGCGGCGGCGGCGAGACGUAGAGGGGGAAAAAACUCGCGACAGGCCGAUCGACGACGGUGCUGCGGCCUCGCAGCCACCGGAUGAGUUCAGUCUGCCGCUGGACUUGAUGUGCAAUCAACGCCCACGCUGCAACUGUCACUCGCUCGUUACUCGCAGUUACGUUUCACCAAGUGUGACAUUUGUUACGAGCGGCUUUUCGUCGACAACAUUCCGGGUGUCGUCCCGACAUUGGCGGCAACUUUUACGCGGAUUAUUUAAAAUAUAAAUAAUAAAUAUAUUUUUUUAUUAUGUAAAUAUUUAUAGUAGUAAUAAUAUAAUAAAAGUGAUUUUGGUACCAAGACGACAGACAAUAAUUGUUAAUUUAAAUUAUUAUUUUAUUUAUUUUAUUAAUAUUUAUUUUUUUAAAGUAAUUUGGGACAAAUCCGGAUAAGUGACGCGACUUUUUCCUGGUCAUCUCUUGCCAGUUUAGUAAUAAUACUAAGUUGAGUAAUACUUGCUCUUGCAGUUGAUCUAAAGACGACGACGUUGCAAAGUCUAUCUAAUGAAAACACAGUGCUCUCUCAUCGCCGUCAACGUCGUCGUCGUAGUCGUCUUCGUCGUCUCAAGUAGCCUCUGCCAAACUUGGUCGUCCAAGUUACAGGGAGUGACUACUGACUACUAACAACACAUCACUUACACACUGCCAGUGUCUUUAUAUUGAAAAAGAUAGAGAGUGAAGUGAGACAAGCGGCUUGAGGUGUUUUUCAUACCGUGUCCUGUGUAAUGGUGUUGUUUUGUUUAAAUUUAAAAUUCAAAAUUUAAAAUUACAUUUUCCUCAGUACGUGACAUAAAAAUUAAAUUUUAAAAAAUUAGCAAAGGGGAAAGGAAACGUCAUCAUCAUCAAGACUGAAAAUAAUAAGAGACCAAGGGCAAAUAACGCGGCGCCAUGCUCUAGCUUGACAGCUGACAGACGCUGUGUUGUAACUAUACGUUGAAUCUCUUCUUCACCGCAUCACAUACACACGUAAUAUAUGUGCCCUGUGUGACUAUUGUUCUGAACCAGUGUCCGUGUGUAUGCAAACCUACACACGCACACCGCACGUACAUAAAACUAUAUACACAUACAUACAGACAUAUAAAGUACGAUAUAAAUCCUCGAUUCGUAUUCUAACCGUCAAUCUGGCGUCAUCAUCAUUCAAAUGAAGCUGCGGCGUCGCUGCAUACAGACGCUCGGCGUCUCUGUCAAACAAUUGAGGAGAAAGUUGGUCGAAUUGGGUGCGCGAAUCCUCCACGUUCAUCAAACAUCUAAAUCCAGUGACAUGGCCCUGAUGAUGUUGUCGGUGAGCGCAGGCAUGGAUGUCGGCUGUGGGGGUCACGGUGGCCUCGAGAGUGCGACAGCAGUUGCUGGCGGUGCGGAUGGCAUGCAGGAGGCAAUGGUCGCGGCAGCAAGAGAUCGAGCUGUACGUACUGUAAGUGUACGACAAGAUCUCGCUCUUGAUUUACCACCGCGGCUUCAGCUCCCCGAUGGUGAGGAGCGGCCCUAUGGAGCUCAUGCCGGGCUGCAUCUUCGUGAUCCUGAGCAGGAAAGCGAGAUUUAUCAAAAAUGCGUACGUCCACCUCCAAAUCGAACAAUAUUUGACAGCGAGAGUCCACCUCCGUAUACAAGAAGUCAAUCAACGAUACUGGAUACUCCAGAUCGGAUAAUACGUUGUCACAGUGCUGGUAGUUCAUUAUUGAGGGUAUUUAAAAAAUUCCCAAGCAAUGUAGGUGGCUCAACACCGGUUGUUGUGGUGCCGCCAUCAAGGCGGCCUAGUCUAUCAAGCUAUUCCGAGUCCAGUGGUAAUUUGAGCAAUUUAUCAAGUCUGACUGUGGUACCUUGCGAGGCAGAUGAGAAUAACCAUCUACAUCAUCGGGAUCACGUUUGACCCAAGCCAACGUUGACAUGUUGUCAACGAGCGCAACAAUUGUGAAAUGGCAGCAGAUAUAUAUUAUUAUUAAUUAUUCACUGAGCGACGAGACACAACGGGAUUCUUGUGAGCAAACGUGGCUUUGUCUCAUUGUUUAUUAUUAUUAUUAAUUUUUUUUUUUUAUUUUUUUUCGUUUAUUAUUUUUCUUUCUCUUUUAUUUUCUUGAACAUAUUGAUGACAAUAUAGCAGUAUUGGUCAUUGAAUAGUUAAACUGUUUGCAUCUACGAGCACACUCGUCGUCGUUGUCGUCGUCGUUGAGAAUUAUGGAGGAGUAUGAGAUCCUUAAGACUGACUCGUUGAAAAAAUAUUUAAUAAAUGGAUACUAAAAUUAAAAAAAAAAUAAAUAAGUAAAUAAAAUAUUAAAAAAAAAAAAAUUAAAGCAACAUGCAAAUCAUGAGGUGACAUUUUAGUUAAUUGUCGCUAAAUGAUAUGGGGAUGAUUGUAUUGAUUAAACUUGAAAAAAUAAAAUGAGAUAUAGUUAAAGUGAAUGAUGGAAAGAGACACAUCAAUACUGUGUCAUAUAGGACAUAAGUAAUAAUCGAAAGUAAUAGAGAUGUUGUUAAUGAAAAGAAAAAAAAUAAAUAAAUAAAAAAACUAACUAAUUAAUUAACUAAAUAAAUAAAUAAAGAAAAAAAAAGGAGAGCUGAAAGUCUGAAGACUUAAGAGAUGUAUUUGAGAUAAACGUCCAAUACAGCAAUUGUACGAUGAUGCAUAAGCAAAAAAUAAAUAAAUAAAUAAUAAUGAUAAUGAAUAAAAUUAAUUACGACACAUCGGAGAACUCUGUAAAUAUCAGAACACAGAGACGAUGAUUCUUCUUUAUGCUCAUGACUGAUGUAUGCAGACAACGAGAGCAUAACCAAGGGUCAAGUUUGACGACGGUUCGACCAAGUUUGUUCUUCGAGGAAAAAAAAUAUAUAAAAAAAUAAGUAAAAAAAUUAAGAAAAAAAAAGUAUAUGAUAAUAAAGUAAAAAGACUUAGUAAAUUAUUUAGUAAACGAUAUUGCGAUUCUUGCAUGUUUUGCGAAUUUAUUAAUAGAGGAAAAUAAUUAAAAUUAAAAAAAAAAUACGGCGAUAUAUUAAAUAUAUUAAAUGGAUAUAUAAAUAAAUAUAUUAUAUAUAUAUAAAUAAAUAAAGAAAAUGAGAAAUAGACAUGCAAGUGACUUGAAUGCAUUUUUGUUGUGUGGUCAUCGAG